AACUGUUUGGCAUCAUAGAAAAUGUCUUGGAAAUUCAAUUUAAUUUUACAAUAUGAAUGUUAAAUAUAUCCUUUCAAACAUGUCCGAACUAUGUAACCCCAGUGAUAUAUAUAUAAGAUCUCGAUUUAAUUCUGGUAUAAUUCUAAUGUAAGCAAGCUGGAAAGGGGGACUGUUAAAAUGGAAAUCAAAAGUUGUGAUCAAGUUGAAACUUUGAAAGACAAGGUUCAAACUGGAGAGAAAAACUGUUCAAGUCCAAAACCAGGUAUGUCUUACAUAGCGUUGAUUUCGCUGGCCAUUCAAAGUUCUUCACCAAGGAAAAUGUUACUGUCUGAAAUAUAUAACUGGAUCACAGAAAACUACCCGUAUUAUAAAAUGGAAGAAAGAAGUUGGCGGAAUAGUAUAAGACAUAACCUAUCUUUAAACGAAUGUUUUGUAAAAAGUGGGAGAUGUGAGAACGGUAAAGGAAACUACUGGUCAAUACACCCAGCUAACAUAGACGAUUUUGCAAACGGCGACUUCCGCAGGAGAAGGGCGCGCCGCCGUGUGAGGAAAUGUGACGAAGAACUUCAGAAGCUAGUUUCGUGUGACGACGACGAGGACGACGAUAAAAGUUCUGUUGCCGAUGAACCAUACUGCACUAUUGUUCCACAAAAUGCAUAUGUCCCGAUGACGAGCACGUGGGCCUCAACGGAUUAUCUGACUGCAAUGUUUAGUGUAGAAGCAAUUCUAUCACAAGAGGAACGAAUCCGGUACUUUUGUAGAAACAAUAGCUCCGAAGAUAUGAAUGCAACGAAUGAAAUGUAUCAAAAUUCUUAUCAAGGGAACAAUGAAAUAUUUGACCAGUCAAAUUAUCAAGGAUUUGGACAUUCUAACGAUCACCAGACUUUCGUUCACCCAUCUACAGUUAAUGUCAACGUAAACGUAAGCGUACAAGGCAUUCCGAACAACGUAGAUCAAAUAAUUCCGUCAUGGCAGGAUACAUUUCACAGAUUGCAGACGGAUCUUCACACUAAAUGCUAAAGCCAGUGAUAUCUGCUACAUUCGAGGAAACCUGUUAAGUUGAUUCACCGAUCAUUUAUUCGUCAAAAUGAAACAGAAAUAAACAGAUUAUGAAAUAGCUUACUACCUGCAUUACCCUUUAUAUUCGAGGAAAACCUACUCGUUAUUAUUGGAUAUUCUCAAUCGGUGUCUUAAUUUAUACAUUCAUGUAUCAGAGCCGUAAACAUCUUCUGACUGUGUUGUUUUAAUGUCAAACGUGAUUUAAGAGAAGUAAUGUUAUUGUUACUAUAUGUUCCACAGGCACUCGUCUCAGAUUUUUUUCCCCUGUAUAUACGUUUAUACAACAUAAAGGUAUGAAUAAAACAAAUUAUUCUGCAUGAGACGAGUGCCUGUGAUAUUUUACCCUCUUUAAAAGUAUGAAUAUGGAUAAUACUUGCUCGAGUUACGGUUAAUCUCAGUUGGAUGUAA